AGCCGAGGAUAAAACUGUGAGCGAAGAAUUACCUCCCGAGCUGUCACCCUACUUAACCGCCGACUCCACCGAACGCCGGAAAUUAUACAUUACAGCUCCCUCUUUCUCUCUGUGUGUAGGUGUGAAUUUUCUUACUUUCUUUCUCAAUCCGGACAUUAUUGUAGAUAUAUAAGUAUAUACACGAAGAUGAGAGGGUAUGAUCGCAUAAAUCCGAUGCUACCGGACGAGUUGAUCCUCGAGAUCUUCAAUCACUUGGACUCCAAGUCGAGCCGCGACGCUUGCUCGAUCGUCUGCAAGAGAUGGCUAGGCCUUGAGCGGCUGAGCCGCGAAACCAUCCGAAUCGGCGCUUCAGGUAGUCCCGACGCGUUGGUGAAGCUGAUGGCUCGCCGAUUCGUCAAUGUCAGAAACGUGUUUAUUGAUGAGAGACUCUCCAUGUCAGUUCCAGUUGAAAUCGGAAGAAGACGCCAUGCUGAUCAGUCUGCACUUUCAUCUCUCGGACUUCAUUUUUUGACUGAGAAAAGUGGGCCUGAAGAUGGUGAAACAGAAUCAUACUGUUUAUCAGAUGCUGGGUUGUGUGCUGUCGGUGAUGGCUUUACCAAACUUGAGAAGUUGAGCCUAAUAUGGUGCUCUAACGUGACAAGUUUUGGAUUAAGUUCGGUUGCCGAGAAGUGUAGAUCCUUGAAAUCUUUGGAUUUGCAGGGUUGCUAUGUUGGAGAUCAAGGGCUAGCUGCUGUUGGAGAGUGUUGUAAGCAACUUGAAGACUUGAAUUUACGGUUUUGUGAAGGUUUGACUGACAGGGGUUUGGUUGAGUUAGCUCUUGGCUGUGGGAAAGCUUUGAAAUUGCUUGGUGUUGCUGCUUGCGCUAAGAUAACUGAUGUCUCCUUAGAAUCUGUAGGAUGUUAUUGCAGUUCUCUUGAGACAUUGUCAUUAGACUCGGAGUUCAUUCACAACAAAGGUGUACUUGCCGUGGCCAAAGGAUGUCCUCUGUUGAAAAUACUGAAGCUACAAUGCAUUAAUGUUACAGACGAUGCUCUGCACGCUGUUGGCAUUUUUUGUUUAUCCUUGGAGUUAUUGUCUCUAUACAGCUUUCAGAGAUUUACUGACAAGAGUCUUUGUGCUAUUGGGAAAGGGUGUAAGAAGCUAAAAAAUCUCACAUUGAGUGAUUGCUAUUUCCUAAGUGACAAAGGUUUGGAAGCAGUUGCACUUGGCUGCUCUGAGCUUACGCACCUUGAAGUUAAUGGCUGCCACAAUAUUGGAACAUUUGGACUGGAGUCCAUCGGAAGAUCUUGCAAGCAUCUUUCUGAGUUAGCCUUGUUGUAUUGUCAGAAGAUAGGAAAUUUUGCGCUUUCUGAAGUUGGCAAAGGCUGCAAGUACUUGCAAGCUCUUCAAUUGGUAGAUUGUUCUAGUAUUGGAGAUGAUGCCAUAUGCAGCAUAGCUAGAGGCUGCAGGAAUUUGAAAAAGCUUCACAUUCGUCGAUGUUAUGAGGUUGGGAAUAAGGGAAUCAUAGCUGUUGGUGAGAACUGUAAAUUCCUUACAGAUCUUAGCCUUCGAUUUUGCGAUAGGGUAGGGGAUGAGGCACUGGUUGCUAUUGGUCAGGGUUGCUCCCUACACCGUCUAAAUGUUAGUGGCUGCCACCAAAUUGGGGAUGCCGGAAUGAUAGCCAUUGCAAGAGGGUCUCCUCGACUCAAAUUCCUGGAUGUGAGCGUUCUUCAGUAUUUAGGGGAUAUAGCAAUGGCUGCAUUAGGUGAAGGCUGUCCCUUACUGAGGGAUGUAGUCUUAUCACACUGUCGUCGAAUAUCAGAUGUUGGUCUGGCCAAUAUUGCUAAAAAAUGUGCCUUGCUGGAAACUUGCCACAUGGUUUAUUGCCCGAAUAUCACUUCAGCCGGAGUUGCCACUGUGAUUACAAGCUGUGCCAACAUAAAGAAGGUUCUGGUCGAGAAGUGGAAGGUCAGCCAGAGAACUAAAAGGAGGGCAGGCUCCGUCAUCUCCUACCUCUGUGUCGACCUUUAG